AUGCCAAUUGCUGCGGUGCAGCUUCGCGCUUUGCGGCUGAGAUCGAAUUACAUUGAAAUCUCGAAUAUUUUUCGUGGAAGGUUUGUCGCGUCGAGGUACUGCAGCCCCGUGAGGCCGCGGUGUUUCAGUGCUCGCGCUUGUCUACGGGAGGAGACCAAACUUCCUGCCUUUCUUGAGGCGUACAAGAAGGCUGUGGCCUUCCCUCCCGCAACCCAUGACUUCGAGACAUUCCUCGCUCACGCCGAGCCAAACACCGAAGUAGUAUUGCACGGCUACCUGGGAACACGCGCCGACCUAUCCAAGAAACUCUCCUUUGUCCGACUUUCCGACCCAACCCUCCAACACAGCCUACAAGUAGUCGCCUUCGCAAAGAACAAUGCCUUCGAACAACUCAAAGCCAUAAAUGCCAACAGCCCCGUCGCAGUCCGUGGCACAGUUCAAAAGAAGAAAACCAAAGGCUCAGAAGUCUCCACGCAAGACUCCUGGGAAUUAGCACUGGAAGAGAUCCACAUUCUAAACGACUUCCCUAAAGAGAUAAUCAUGACACCAGAGACGGUGUUCCCGCCCGAACAGCGGUACCUCCAGCUACGAUCUGACGCCGAGCUGCGUGAGGCACUGCGGUUCCGCGCGAGAGCGCAUAAUAUUUGCAAGGCGGAGCUGGAAAAGAACAAGCCUGCUUUUGUGGAGAUUGAGACGCCGCUGCUGUUUAAGUCUACGCCCGAGGGCGCGCGCGAGUUCAUUGUUCCCACGAGACGGGAAGGGCUAGCCUAUGCGCUGCCCCAGAGUCCGCAGCAGUAUAAGCAGAUUCUUAUGGCUAGUGGGCUGCCGAGGUAUUAUCAAUUUGCGAGGUGUUUCCGGGAUGAAGAUCUGAGGGCAGAUCGACAGCCGGAAUUUACUCAGCUCGAUUUGGAGAUGUCGUUUGCCACGGGUGACGAUGUUAUGCGCACUGUUGAGGGAAUCAUUCGUGGGCUUUGGGCGGAGUUGAUGAAAGAUCCUGCGCCGGAGGGUCCUUUCCGUAAGGUUUCUUACCAGGAAGUCAUGUCGAAAUAUGGCUCCGAUAAGCCAGAUACAAGAUACGGUAUGGACAUUAUUCGACUUGACCAUGUUCUUCCUGUGGAUCUGGUUGGCAAGAUCUCCGACCUGUCUAAUCCCAUUGUGGAGGCCUUCAAACUCGAAGGAAACGACAAUGAUCCUGCUGCGACGCACAAGUUUAUUACCGAUUUCCUCGACUCUCCUGCCGGUGCACCGUUCAACAACAACCCUGAUGGUGGCCCCGGCAUUUUCAUCUACAAUGGCAAGCAGCCACUCUGUGGACUACAGCCUUUCGGCUUCGAAGCUGCCGAACAAGUGGAAGAACUAUUAGAUCCCGACCACGGCGACUUGAUCGUCCUACAAGCACGGCCUCGGGCCGACUUCUCUGGCGGCUCGACCCCAAUCGGCGAUCUGCGCCGUGCCCUACACGCAGCAUCUGUCUCAACAGGCUUCAAACCUGCUCCGACAGGCUUCGACUUCCUCUGGGUCGUCGAUUUCCCCCUCUUCUCCCCAACCUCGGAUUCAGAGCCUGGCCAGGGUGGCGCAGCAGGACUCUCCUCAACACACCACCCCUUCACGGCACCCAAGACCCCCGCCGAUGUCGACCUCCUCCUCACAGACCCUACCCAGGUAGUGGCCGACCACUACGAUCUCGUCGUGAACGGAGUCGAGCUGGGGGGUGGGAGUAGGCGUAUCCACGAUGCAGCCGUGCAGGAAUUCAUCUUCCGCGACAUUCUGCAAAUGCCAGCUGAACGGUUGGCCGAUUUCUCGCAUUUGCUCGACGCCCUACGUGCUGGGUGUCCGCCGCACGCCGGACUUGCACUCGGCUUCGACAGACUCGUGGCUGUGAUGUUGGGCAAGGAAUCCGUGCGCGAUGUGAUUGCUUUCCCCAAAACCGGCAAGGGGGGUGAUGAUGCCAUGGUUGGCGCUCCUAGCCCCAUGACCGAGAAGGCGCUGGAGACGUAUCACCUGAAAAUAAGGAAUUAG